UCGAACCUGCCUCCUGAGAAGGUUCUGCCUCCCGAAACUGCACCUGCUACACAGGGGAGAUGGCCUGGGGGCCGGGACCCUCCUCCCCUGGUGUCAGCACGACUGUUCUAAGGGCUCCCAGCUCCGUACUGCUGGCUGAGGGGGCCCUGCUCUCCAGCAGGGCCCCGUCUGGAUCGAGGCCACAUACUCCACGGCAGUAGUGAGUGGAAGGCAAGAGGGAAGGAGUCAGGCCGGCAGCGAGGCAGGAGCACUGGAGAAUCCAUCCCACUGCUCCACGGUUAAAUAGGCAAGACAGGCAGUGUUAGACGCUAUGAGGACCUGGUGUCUGUGGUUGGCUCCUCCCUUCGGCCUGUGUCCUCCAGGUGGGGCCAGGGCUCUCUCUGAUUGUCCCCAUGUCCCCACGUCCCCAUGCCUGCCUCACCCAGCACUUGGUGUGGAGGAGGUUGCAAAGGGGACAGCUGGAGUUUCUUUGGAGUCUGGCAGAGUAGGGAGCUCUGGGUUUGGUCCUGGGACACCCUUUUGACACUGUAAAGGUGCGGCUACAGACCCAGACCACAUACCGGGGCAUCAUCGAUUGUAUGGUGAAGACUUACCGCCAUGAGUCGCUCCUGGGCUUUUUCAAGGGAAUGAGCUUCCCCAUUGCGAGCAUAGCCAUGGUCAACUCCGUCCUGUUCGGGGUCUACAGCAACACCCUGCUGGCGCUCACGGCAACCGCUCACCAGGAACGGCGGGCCCAGCCACCCAGCUACAUACACGUCUUCAUAGCUGGCUGCACCGGAGGGUUCGUGCAGGUCUACUGCUUGGCCCCUUUUGACCUCAUCAAAGUCCGGCUACAAAACCAGACGGAGCCAAGGGCGCGGCCUCCGGGCAGCCCCCCGCCCCGGUACCGGGGGCCUGUGCACUGUGCGGUCUCCAUCUUCCAGGAGGAGGGGCCCCGGGGGCUGUUCCGGGGAGCCUGGGCCCUGACGCUGAGGGACACCCCCACACUGGGGAUCUAUUUUGUCACCUAUGAGUGGCUCUGCCGCCAGUCGACGCGGGACGGCCAGGACCCCAGCCCAGCCACGGUGCUGGUGGCAGGGGGCUUCGCAGGCAUCGCCUCCUGGGCCGUAGCCACGCCCUUGGAUGUGAUCAAGUCCCGGCUGCAGAUGGCGGGGCUGAAGCGCAGGGCGUACCGGGGGGUGCUGGACUGCAUGGUAAGCAGCGCCCGGCAGGAAGGUCUGGGGGUCUUCUUCCGGGGGCUGACGAUCAACAGCGCCCGCGCCUUUCCUGUCAACGCCGUCACCUUCCUCAGCUACGAAUACCUCCUCCGCUCGUGGGGGUGA